CGUAGCUAUUCUACUGAGCUGCACGCGUAAGUACUAGCAGAGUGAUACGGAAAAGUAUCGUAAAGCAGCACUAAGCAGAGCGUAAAAGUUUUGAAGUUUCUUUUCCCGCGGAAUCCGCCAUAGGGUUCCUUCUUGCAAAAAUCCACUUUGAUUCAAAUAAACCCCAGCAACAUGUAUCGGGAGGAGCACUGGCAGGACCCGUCCCGCGAAGGGAUCCGGGUGAAUAUCGAGGAAGUCACGAAGCAGAACCGGGGCGGGAACCGGGUUAACCAGGAGAUGCUCCGAGAAGCAUGUCUGAAGAACGGCGGAUACGAGAAUCCGUUGCUGAACAAUUCUCUCUGCCUGAAUUACCGGGGUUUGGCGAAAAUCGAACAGCUGGAGUCAUACGUACUAUUGCGUUCCAUUCUCUACUUCACAUCGAGAAGAAACGCGUCUACCUUUUUAUCUGUCUAUGUAUUAGCUCGCUGGGAAUUUUGCUGUUUUUAUUGUGUUUUCUUUUCAACACCGGCAAGGUCCUCAGCGAAGCAAGAGUAAUCUUCUACUCUAGCAAUUCCAACCAAAAACAGCGCAACCUCCACUGUCUCUACUUGGACUGCAACGGGAUCACCAGGAUUGAGGGAUUGGACGAGCUGACGAACCUGAAGAGUCUGUACCUGCAGUCCAAUUGCCUCACGCGGAUGGAAAACCUGCCGAGUUCCCUCGUGGUCCUGGACCUGCGGGAGAACAAGAUCACGGAGAUCGAGAACCUCGAGAACUGCACGCAGUUGUCGCAGCUGAACCUGUCGAAGAAUAGUUUGAUGACGGUGAACGCGCUGAAAGGACUCCUCCCCCUGGUGGAAAAGCCGGAGAACCAGCUCGUUUCCAUCGACGUCAGUGCCAACUACAUCGAGGAAGAGGACCCGCUGGUGGAAUUUUUCGUGGACGGCGAGGAAAAACGGUUCAAGAAUGUCGACUGCAUCUUCCUGCAGUCCAACCCCUCGGUCCGCCGGAUCAAGAACUACCGACGAAGGCUGGUCGCCGGGCUGCCGAGGUUGAAAUUUCUCGACACCAAGCAAGUGACGGAGGUGGAGCGCGUGGGGGUGCAGGGGUGGCUGGAAGACGGCCCGGAGGGGGAGCAGACCGCGAAACGGGGGUACUACAUGAAAGAGCGGGAGGAAAAGCAGCGCGACCUCGAGAGAUUUCGUAUGUUGGAGAAGUUCUUCAUUUUUGCUCCUUAUGCUACUUGCGCGGAGUUAACCCUGGCUAGAUCUCAGCGCGGCGUGUGCUUCCGUUAGUAGUAUUUGAUAAUUUGUUACACAACGACUGAAACAUUUUUGCACAGUGUUGUAUGUAGUUGUCACUUAAUAAUGUCCCAGGCAAGGUCCAGGAGCAGGCCAACAAGAAGCUCCAGAAGCAGUUGAAGCGGCAGGCGGCGGAGAAGGCCAGGAAGGAAGCCUUCGACGCGGGGGAGGGCGUGCCGGAGGGGUGCGUGGAGCGAACACCGAUGCCUGAGCAGGACUGGGUGAUGGUGGGGCAGGGGGAAAACAAGGGGGAGACGACAGCGGCGGUCGGCGACCCGCCGCCGAAGAAAAUCGUCUCCAAAGGAGAAAAAUUCUCGUCUUCUUCCUCAACAGACACACUACUACACCAAGGAGCAGCUGCAGAUGGCAAAAAAUCCGACGAAAUGAGUACCACUGUUGACGACCGGCAGCUGACGUCCGAAAACGUCGGGAAACUUCCAUUCAGUAAACUGGAUCCCGCGAAACUGCAUUUGAUGGAGAAGAACUCGUCCUCUGGUUCCGAACAUCAAGCCAAUCCCGACAUCUACGUGAAGGUCUCCCCGACGGGCGAAACGGUCGAGAGCGAUUCUCCCAACAAGCCCUUUGUCGCGACCAUGGGGGAACAGCAGAAUGCAUGCUGCGCGGUUGGAACCAACUUUCAAGACGCAAGGGGCCGCCCCUCCGAGUCGUCCUUUUGCACGGCGCAGUCUCAGAGGCAGUCGAUUUCCUCGUGUUUAACGGACACCGAGAAUCCCGCACUGUCCGUGGACAGCACCGGGGCUGCGGACGCGAUGUCGGCUUCGGGUAUUUUUCUGCCACUUAAUGUGUGUAGAAACAGGAGCUUUCUUUUUUGCUACUCAGAGGGUAUGGCGUGUCUUUGCGUGUUAGUUUGUUUUCUACUCUUCCUAAUGGAGUGAACAGCUCAUGGUCCUGAUCGCUGUUUUGCAAAAAUCCACAGCUGCCCCGUCCGAGAGCGUUCCGGGCGUGGAAGACUGGUACUGGUCCAAGUUGCGUGACGAAAGACUGGAGCGGCUCGUCGCCAAGUCGGGGUACCGGUUUUCCACGGUAGCACAGAAGCUCAACGCUGAGUUCAAUUCCACAACGCUGACAGAACGCAUGGCACGCGAACGCUACGGCGCGCUGCUGCGGAAGACGAACUUGUGUGCCGUGCCCGAGGACGAAGCCGUCACCACGGCGAGCAGCGACGCCAGCCCGGCGGACUUCCAGCAAAGUAUCGUUUUGCUUUAUCACUAUACGAGUGGGUCGCGCAGCUGCAUUUGUAAAUUUACUUUGCAAAAGAUGAUCAGAUCAUCGGCUUUUUUGUGAAGAACAAUGAGAUUCUUACUCGCUCCAAAACAGUGGACGCGCAGCGUGACCGAACCCGAUGGUGGGUUCGCAAGUUGAAUUCUGUUGCCAAGUUUGCAACCUCGGCUUCGUCCUCUUCAACGAGCAGCUUUUUCAACCGCGAUAGUUCUGGUGACAUAGCCGAUCGCGACGACAUCGAAAGCAUCUGCACGGAGGACAGCGACGCGGUUUCGGAUGCCACGUCGACCUGGAUUUCUCCGGAAAUGUGUCUCAAGGACUUCGACAACUUUGCGAGCGGACAGAAAUCUGCCCUGCUAGCCGAGGCGCAAAAGCGAGGCAAGCAGUGGGGCAUGAAAACCGUGCCGCCGCCCCCGGAGCCCGGGAGCACCAGCGCGGCAGCGAACGCAACUAACUCAUCCGGUGCGACGGCCUUAACUUCAAAAUUUGCCGACGUCGGCGGUUACUUUUCCGCCGCGCCCCCGGCACCGGAUCCCGUCUCGGUCGACACGAUUUUGCAGCACGCCGAAAGCAUCGGCGAUGCAGAGGAGGAGAAAGGGGAGCAAGCAGAUAGUAGCACUAGUACCUCGAACGGCGCAAGUAACGCAUUUGCGUUCAAGCCUCCUCAGAGGAAAAAUCUGUACGUUCCCUCAAACGAUUUGGAGGAGCUCGAUUAGGGCUCUCCUCUGGAGAACUUGGUGUGACUUCUUUGCUGAGCUAGUCGAAAAGCAUUUGUUUCGUUUCGAGUCUCGCUUGAACGGGAGCGGUCUUGCAGUUCUUUAUACUUUAAGAGUUUUUAGAUUUUGUCGAAGAUUCCUUAGUGUCUCCGUGGCAGCCUCUCUUGCGGUGGGGUAUUGAUUUCGUCUGUGUUUUUAUCGUGGUCGUGCUAUCAUGGCGCGCCUUCUGCCAGCGCAGCUCGUGAGACAUCACCCUCGGUUUUCUGAUAUAAUGCGUUUUCCUCGUACAAGAUACCGUUUGACAGAUCGUGUACUCCAUUUCGGUCUGCCGUCACAAAAUUUUCGAAUCCUGUUGCUUCGUACCUCCUACACUUACUUUUGACAGUCGGACCCAGUCGUGCGCCGUGUUUCGGUAUCCAUCUGUAGAUUCGUACUUGCUUCGCUUUUAAUAUCCAGACGCAUCGUGAAGAAGUUGCCGUCGUGCAGUUACCAUCGUCGUGUUAUUUUUUCGUAAUGAUCCGUCGAGGAUUCUCAUUUCGCGACGUCACCGUGAUGCUGCCUUUUUUUCAAAGUUAGUCGGUAUUCAUCAUCCUCUCAGG